GCUUCUUCACUCUUCACUCUUCACCCUUCCCUCGCUUUCUCUUUCUCUUUCUCUUUGCCUCUUCAACAAUUAAACACCGCUAAGAUUCCAUUUUCAUCUAUCAAUGGCUCCGGUAGCAGAAGCAUCUUCAGAUUCUAUAAAGCCUAGAGAUGUUUGCAUUGUCGGCGUUGCCCGUACACCAAUGGGUGGGUUUCUUGGUACUCUGUCUUCUUUAUCUGCAACCAAGCUAGGCUCUAUAGCUAUUCAAGCUGCUCUUAAAAGGGCCAAUGUUGAUCCAUCGCUUGUGGAAGAAGUAUAUUUUGGGAAUGUUCUUAGUGCUAAUUUGGGGCAAGCUCCUGCCAGACAAGCUGCUCUAGGUGCAGGACUACCCAACUCAGUAGUCUGCACUACUGUUAACAAAGUUUGUGCAUCGGGAAUGAAGGCGACAAUGCUUGCGGCACAGAGUAUUCAGUUAGGCAUAAAUGAUGUUGUUGUGGCUGGUGGUUUGGAAAGCAUGUCUAAUGUACCUAAGUACCUGGCAGAAGCAAGGAAAGGAUCCCGCCUUGGACAUGAUUCACUUGUCGAUGGGAUGUUGAAAGAUGGUUUGUGGGAUGUCUAUAAGGACGUUGGCAUGGGAGUGUGUGCCGAACUGUGUGCUGAUAACCAUGCAAUAUCAAGAGAAGACCAGGAUAACUACGCGAUUCAGAGUUUUGAACGUGCGAAUGCUGCCCAAGAAAGUGGUGCCUUUACAUGGGAAAUUGUUCCAGUUGAAGUCUCUGGUGGAAGGGGAAAACCAUCUACAGUUGUUGAUAAGGAUGAAGGCCCAGGAAAGUUUGAUGCUGGCAAGUUACGCAAACUCCGACCAAGUUUCAAGGAGAAUGGAGGUUCUGUUACUGCUGGCAAUGCUUCCAGCAUAAGCGAUGGAGCUGCUGCAUUAGUUUUGGUGAGUGGAGAAAAGGCACUGAAGCUUGGGCUUCAAGUUAUUGCAAAAGUGACUGGGUAUGCUGAUGCUGCUAAGGAACCAGAGUUAUUUACUACAGCUCCUGCCCUUGCCAUUCCCAAAGCUAUUGCCCACGCAGGGUUGGAAGCUUCACAAAUUGAUUUUUAUGAAAUAAAUGAAGCCUUUUCGGUUGUGGCUCUUGCAAAUCAGAAACUUCUUGAACUUAACCCGGAAAAAGUAAAUGUACAUGGUGGAGCUGUAGCAUUGGGACAUCCUCUUGGUUGCAGUGGCGCUCGUAUCCUGGUGACACUUUUGGGGGUACUGAGGCAGAAAAAUGGGAAAUACGGAGUUGGUGGCGUUUGCAAUGGAGGAGGCGGUGCAUCUGCACUUGUUGUGGAACUUCUGUAAGCGUUUUUCAUGUUCGAUAGAUGUCCUUUUAGAACCAGUUUGUGCCAAGUUCGAAAAACUCCGUCUCCCUCUUUUUAGCAAGUGCACAUGCAAGUUCCAAAUUUAUUACGAUGGCAAAAAGGAAAGAGUGGAGAGAAAUUUGCCUACGUAAGUAUUAGAUUUAAGUCUCAGUUUGCGAAAGUGAAGUUUUCAUAGCAUCGAAGUAGAACAUGGAGCAAUAUUAUCUAGAUUUUUGUUUUCUUUGCAAUAAGUCACCGGUGUACCUUGAUUUGGGAUGAAUCAUUCUUCAAACCCCUUAUUUCAAACACAAGAUUACACAGAUUCCUGUGCUUUACAAGAAUGUGUUCAUAACUGAAACGACUGAAAAGAAAGAGCGGAAACAAUGAAGCUGUG